AUGUUUAGCAUCCUGUUUGCUGACAUCGAGGGCUUCACCAGCCUGGCAUCCCAGUGCACUGCCCAGGAGCUGGUCAUGACCCUCAACGAGCUCUUCGCCCGCUUCGACAAGCUGGCCGCGGAGAAUCACUGUUUACGUAUUAAGAUCCUGGGGGAUUGUUAUUACUGUGUCUCUGGGCUGCCGGAAGCGAGGGCUGACCACGCCCACUGCUGCGUGGAGAUGGGCAUGGACAUGAUUGAGGCCAUCUCGUUGGUCCGGGAGGUGACAGGGGUGAACGUGAACAUGCGCGUGGGAAUUCACAGCGGGCGAGUACACUGCGGUGUCCUUGGUCUCAGGAAGUGGCAGUUCGACGUCUGGUCUAAUGACGUCACGCUGGCCAACCACAUGGAAGCUGGAGGCAAGGCAGGGCGCAUCCACAUCACCAAGGCCACACUCAACUACCUGAAUGGUGACUACGAGGUGGAGCCAGGCUGCGGGGGCGAGCGCAACGCCUACCUCAAGGAGCACAGUAUCGAGACCUUCCUGAUCCUGCGCUGCACCCAGAAGCGGAAAGAAGAAAAGGCCAUGAUCGCCAAGAUGAAUCGCCAGAGAACCAACUCCAUUGGGCACAACCCGCCCCACUGGGGGGCCGAGCGUCCCUUCUACAACCACCUAGGGGGCAACCAGGUGUCCAAGGAGAUGAAGCGGAUGAACCUUGGAGAGCCACAGAAGCAACUCUGGCCUAGGAGCCAGAGCGCCUGA